AUCAAUGGCCACUGUUUUGCGCAAAACGAUGCUAAACCGAAUGAGUGGUGUCGUCAAUGCCAGCCAGAUACCAGCCAAUUUACAUGGAGUCGGCGUAAAGUUAAUUCCCCGCCUGUUUUCACCACACUUCCAGUUCAAUUCGCAUUAGUUGGAGAGAUGUUAUCGCUUCAGAUUGAAGCUCUGGAUCCAGAUAACCGUCCCGUUACGUACUCCCUUGCCAACACCGACGCGCAGGGCUACGUGUUCACGCCAGAUGGACAACUGAACAUCACCAUGACCACCUCCGACAGCAAGACGUUCAAAUUCGUAGCCACCGAUGAGUGCAACGCCAGCGAUACAACGACAGUUACUGUAAAGGCGAUGGAGUGCCCGUGCCAACACGGGGGAACAUGCCAUCCCCACCCCUACCACCCACGGGUGUCUGGCCAGUACGAGUGCGCCUGCCCUGCGGGAUUCAACGGAAGCCGAUGUGAAAGUGACAUUGAUGAUUGCCAACCUAGCCUUUGUGUCAACGGAACAUGUAUCGAUGGAAUAAACAACUACACUUGCCGAUGUCACGUGGGCUAUAAAGGCGCCCUAUGUGAUGAGAAAGAGCGCAUUUGUGGCGAAGACACGUGUUACCCAGGAGUUAAGUGCAGAGAAAUCCCGGAUGGAGUGUUGUGUCGAUCGUGUCCUGACGGUCUUAUUGGCGACGGGAAGACGUGUAUAGGCACCAAGGCUAAGUUAAACGGCGUAUAUAUAGAUAUCUGAUCCAUUUUAUUAAGUAAUGAAUAUCUAUUACUGCUUAAUUACUUUUUUGUACAGCCCCUGUAACAACAACUCGACCACAGAACACACAAGACCGUGACCACACAAAUGGUAAUGACCAUCCGUUUUCUUGUCCUUCUGUCUGUCUGUCUCGUAUAUUCGAGGGCGAGUUAUCCUUUAACCUCUGCUAUAAUGUUAGUCCUGAUUGAUAUUUAAGCUCAAGAGAGUACACCAUCUGGUCCUACGACACAAACUCCUACCGAUACUCUUCCAGGCAUGGGUAAGUCUCAUUAUCAUUCAUCAAUAUAGACCAAAAUGUCAAAACCAAAAAUAUCUACCAUAAAAUUU